AUAGAAUGUCAAAAGGGGAGGGACUUGAGCUACUCUGUCCCCACUUCUCAUUUGCAGAACAGGAAACUGAGGCUUGGAGAGGAGCCUUGUUGCCCAGGGUCACCCAGGCAUUUCGCUGCAACACGGGGUCUCCACGCAGUGUUGGGAGCCCCGGCCAGCGUUCUCCCCGGUGCAGUGGGAUCUCCGCAGAUUUGCCUGUUAUCAGAUCUUCCUGAUGGGAGCUGGCGCCGGGCACAGGCGGGGAGAGUGGCCCCAGGACACUGGAACGACACGGACUGUGCUUUGUCCCCACAGCGUGAGCUUCGGCCUCGGCUCUGCGCCAUGAAGAGGGGUCCCAACGGCUACGGCUUCAACCUGCACAGCGACAAGACCAAGCCAGGCCAGUUCAUCCGGUCCGUGGACCCAGACUCGCCCGCCGAGGCCUCGGGGCUCCAGGCCCAGGACCGUAUCGUGGAGGUGAACGGCGUCUGCAUGGAGGGCAAGCAGCACGGGGAUGUGGUGUCCGCCAUCAAGGCUGGCGGCGAGGAGACCAAGCUGCUGGUGGUGGACAAGGAGACCGAUGAGUUCUUCAAGAAAUGCAAAGUGAUCCCGUCUCACGAGCACCUGCAUGGUCCCUUGCCUGAGCCCUUUACCAAUGGGGAGAUCCAGAAGGAGAACAGUUAUGAAACCCUGGCCGAGGUGGCCUCCGAGAACCCCAGGCCAGCGCUGGCACGGUCCACCUCCAGUGAUACCAGCGAGGAGCUCAACUCCCAAGACGGCCCCAAGAAGCAGGACUCCGCAGCACCCUCAUCUACCUCCUCCUCCGACCCCAUCCCAGACUUCAACAUCUCCCUGGCCGUGGCCAAAGAGAGGGCCCACCAGAAGCGCAGCAACAAACGGGCCCCGCAGAUGGACUGGAGCAAGAAAAACGAACUCUUCAGCAAUCUCUGAGAGCCUCCUCGCACCACCCAGCAAGCUGGAAGGGCUGGGCCCGCACCCCACCCAACCCCCGCUCCUCCCCACUGACCCGAAUGGCAAACAAAUCAGCACCAGCAGCCCCCUCUUGGCAAAUGUGAUUCUUCUAGAGAACUGUUGAUUGAUCAAGGACCGGGAUUGCAGCGGCCACAGCAUUUCAAGCGCUGUGGGUUGAGUAUCUUAUUUUUGUUCGUUGGAUUUUUUUUUUUUUUUUUUGAGUUCAGAGUAGAGGGAUUUUUGUCUCUUGAUUAACAUGAUUUUCCAGGUUGCUGCAUGCAAGACGUAGCAGCGGCCUCAGCCUUAGACUUUCUUGUUUCUACUCCCACCACAGAAACCCUGGCAGGUGGGGGAGGGUUUGGCCACUCCCUGGCCAGCCCUGAGCCAGGCACCACCAUUGUAAGGAAACUCCACCAGAAAUUCAGCUGGUUUCUCCAAACCGC